GCUCCACUUCUCUCGCCGAAGCUUGCUGGCGUCUGAUGGUGGCGAUGGCCGCAAUUCCAAGCUUAGAAUCCCCAAUUAUCCGGGACAAAUGCUCUGCAUGCUUUAAGCAAUACAAUAAGAAGGAGCACCUCAUUGAGCAUAUGAAGAACUCUUACCAUUCUGUUCAUCAGCCCAAAUGCGCGAUUUGCAAAAAAUAUUGCAAGACAUUGGAGUCAGUGAGGGAGCAUCUUACAGGUCCACUUGCAAAGAAUAGCUGCGCUCUUGUCUUUGUAAGUUUGGGUUGCGAGCUUUGUCUCAAAGUGUUUGAUACUACAGAAGAUUUGAUUGCUCAUAGAUGCACAUGUUACUUGACUCCUGCUACUUGUCCUGGACUUGAGAAAAUGUAUGUAGAUCAUGAUGUACAAAAUGACAUGGACUUUGAUGAUAGAUUUCCUAAAGUGGUUGCUUUGAACUGUGUAAUGGUUGGUGGUGGAAGUGAUGGAUCACUACAUGUUUGUGCGCGUGUUUGUCUCAUUGAUGUAAAUGAGAAUGUGAUAUUUCAUUCAUAUGUGAAACCAAUAAUUCCUGUUACGGAUUAUCGAUAUGAAAAAACGGGUAUAAGUGAAGAUAAUUUAGUCAAUGCGAUGCCUAUUGGAGAAGUUCAAGAGAAAGUUUUGGAGAUAUUGUACAAUGGAGAAGAAUCAAUUGCCAGAAUUCGUUGGGAUGGAGGAAAAGCUUGCCUUCUUGUUGGCCAUGGCUUAGAAAAUGAUUUGGAUUGCUUGAGAAUAAAUUAUCCUGAACAUUUAAUAAGGGAUUCAGCUAAAUAUGUGCCUCUAUUAAAAACCAAUUUGGUCAGUAAUUCGCUGAAGUAUCUAACAAGAACUUAUCUUGGGUAUGAGAUACAAUCCGGAGUUCAUGAUCCCUACGAAAAUUGUGUUGCUGCACUGAGGUUAUAUAAGAGACUAUCCUCCUAUGACCAUCCAAGUGAUGAAGUUUUGAUGCAGGAAAACAAUGGAGAACUCUAUGAAUUUGAGAAAAGAAAUAAUUUUGAUUCUGUGAGAGUUGAUGAACUCCUAAAGAAAACUCCAGAUGAACUCCUCCUGAUCUCUACUUCAAAUUUUAGGUGUUGGUGUUUGGAUACUGGACUACUAUAAACUGCUGAUUCAUUUAUGUAAGAGGUGUAAGGAGCAAAGCAAGAUUCAAAAAUAAAAGAAAAAAUAAAAUGGUGUUCUCGAGCUUAGGCACUAGGACUUUGUGCUUAGGCUCUAGAACUAGUCUCUUUGGAGUCAAAAGACAUAGCAAUCAAAAACCCGACAAUGCACUUGGAGCGUGGGGCGCUACCUUGCAGUGCCUAGGCGCCUCAAUCGGGGAAGAUUUUUUUAGUGAUUUGAAACUCGAAGUUGGACAUAAAGCGUUAGGCACCAGAAGAGCAAUGCCUAGGCGCUAGUGUUGCGGCGCCUAGGCGUUGUAGAAGAAUUGAUGGUAGCACCUCGGUGCCACAUAUGGGCUCCCUGGCGCCAUAACACUUUGGGUUUGAUUGGAGAAGAUAUAAAUUAGAUGAAAUAUGAAAAUGGAGGGCUUUUAAAUUAGUUUUCUUCUGUCAAAAAAAAUUCUUGGAGGAGGAACAAGAAAGGAGAAGGCCAGAAGUACAUCAACAACAGAAGUAGUGAGGUGUGAGAGAA